AUUCAUUUCUACAAAGCCCAACUCCUUCUUCCUCUUUAAGCCAGCACAUUAGCGUUUGCAGCUGUCAGAUCUUUCUCUCUCUCUCUCUCCACAUUUUUUUUUUCUAUCCUCUUAUAAUUGACCUAACCCCACUGUUCCAAACAACUCAUCAAACAUAUAAUAACAACAACAACAACAGCAACAUCAUAAACUAUAUCCACCUCUUUCUCUGUCUCUCUGGCCCUCUUUCAAUGAUUCUUCUGCUGUAAAAAAUACAGGGUGGGGAUGGAGGUUGAGGCACAUAUAGAGCUCAAAGCAAAGAAAAUGAGGAGGUGGAAGAAACGAUACAGCUUAGUACUCCACUCUUGUCAAGCACACAAGUGAUCGAUAUAUACCAAAGACUUCAUGCACACACAAGAUACCCAAUAUUUGACUGAUAAUAUUCAUGAUUUUGAUUCCAUGGCUUACCCUCAUUACCGUUCACAGUUUGGCGACACCACGUUUACCAAAGUGUUUGUUGGGGGACUAGCUUGGGAGACACAUACAGAAGAAAUGCACAAAUAUUUCGAGCAGUUUGGAGAGAUUCUUGAAGCUGUAAUCAUCACGGAUAAGAAUACAGGAAAAUCUAAGGGAUACGGAUUUGUGACUUUUCGUGACCCUGAAUCGGCAAGGAGGGCUUGUGUUGAAGCAAACCCUGUGAUUGAUGGGCGGAGAGCCAACUGUAAUAUUGCUUCGUUGGGACGACCACGACCUACACCGCCCCGAGGAAGAAAUCAAGGUGGUACUAGUUCUUAUAACCAAGGGGGUGCUAGUGUACCACAAGGUGCACCACCCUAUGGCGGAAUGGCGCCGCCCAUACCUCCCCCACCGCCGCCGCCACCACCUCCUGUCGUUUACCGACCUUACGGGUACCCAACCUACGCAACUCCUGAUUAUGGCUACCAUCAAGCAUUGUAUAACCCACAAGUACAACAGCCACAAUAUUACCAGCAAUUGUAUGGAACAUCUUCUUCUACCAUGGGCUCUCCCUAUUACUAUGGUUAUUCUUUUCAAGCCCCAAUUAGGAGUACAUAUUCUACUACACCACAGCCACAAGGGCAACAACGCUUACCCGGAUCAUCAUACAUAUACUAUCCUAUGCAAAUGGAGGGAUCCUUCUCCACCUAUCCUCCUCCACCUCUUCAAACCACAAGGCAAUCCUUUCCUUCUUCUACAGAUUCACAGACGCCACAGCAAAAUUCCUCCACAGAAACAGAAGCUGCAGUUGUUACUUCAGAUAGUCCAAAUACCUAAAAGAAGAACUUACCAAUAUAUACAUGGCUUGGAUAUAAGUUUCAAUUGUAUAACCUUGACAAAUUUAUGUCAAUCAACUCUCUUUUCAUUUCUGAAAUUCUCAACAGCUUAUAUAAUUCUUUUGUUCAAUCAAAGCUGUAACAUAAGAACUGCUUCGACAGACUACCUUUGUUCUUCUCAGCUAUGGCAGGAAAAGAUGGACUAUCAACUACCUAUGGAGAUUUUUUGCCCCAAAAAAUAAUUCUUCUAUUUUUUUUCAUAGGUUUUUAUUUGAUUUAUUUAUUCUUCAAGUAUAACAGCUUAACAUCUUUAACAAAAUGUAUGAACAAGAGGGCAGUCAGCCCCUCUAAGAAAUUUUGAAUUUUAAA